UAGGUCUUCCUCUUCUCUUUCAUUCAAAUUGAUCUCUCUAAUUCUCUCAAUUCUCAAAUCUCAAACCAAACCACCAUUUUCGUUUUCAGGAGAAAUUCUUCAGACAGACAGACAGACAGACGAGGAAGAAGAAGAAGAAGAAGAUUGACUUUAAUGCAUCAGAAAAAAUCCGAAGUUCAGAUCGGAAAAGAAAGCAGCGGCGUCUCUUCCGAUUUCAACCCAACACCACCUUUACUAUUCCCAUCUUCAAUCAUCCAUCAUCAUCAGAAACAUCCUCAUCAAAACAAUUUCCAGGUGGGUUUCAAUUCCUUCGAUUUCAUCACCCCUCCUCCGCCGCCGCCCCCCAUCAAUUCUUCUUCUUCUCCUCCUCCUCCUCCUACAUCUAAUAAUGGAGAAUUGCAUAUUCUCGUCGACCAAACAACAACAACAACAAACGACCCAAUUCCAUCAUCAUCGUCUUCUCCGCUAUCGCAGAAAACCACCCCUCAUAAGAGACCUUUCGCAGCAACCCACAUAAAUUCUUCAUCUUCUUCUUCCAAUUCCCUCUCAAAAUCACCCACCCUCCCUAAAUCCUUACAUCAAUACCCAUUCUCAACCAAAACAAACAUACCCAUGAAGAAUCAUUAUUCCUUCAAGUUUCCCAAACCCUCGGCCGCUACAAAAUCAGCCGCCUUCCGCUUUCUCAGACGCCUCCAACACCUCCGUCGCCUCCGUUCCCAUCUCCGUCUCAUCCUACUCUUAGCUCUCCCUUUCUUCUACUUCCUGGUUUCUCAUCCAAGCCAUUCAUUUUUCCUCGAUUUCAUUUCCGCUUUUGCUUUCUCAUCCGCCCUUCUAUUCUCCCUCAACCUAGCCAUACCUCGCCUCCCAUCAAUCCGUCUAUUUCUCUCCCGCUCCCUCCCCAGAAAGCUGUCUUCUUCAACCAAAAUGUCCAGACCGACCCUACCCGUGAUUUGGUCCAUUGGGUCAAAACCUUCAAAGUCUGAAAAGCUGUUGAAUUCUGGUUGCUGGGUUCAGGUUUACACCAAUGGGGAUGUGUAUGAAGGAGAAUUCCAUAAAGGGAAGAGUUCAGGCAGCGGGGUGUAUUACUAUUACAUGAGUGGAAGGUAUGAAGGGGAUUGGGUUGAUAAUAAGUACGAUGGUUAUGGAGUUGAGACGUGGGCGAGAGGAAGCAGAUAUCGCGGUCAAUACAGACAAGGGCUUAGGAAUGGAUUUGGUGUGUAUAGAUUCUACACAGGUGAUGUUUAUGCUGGAGAGUGGUCAAAUGGACAAAGCCAUGGUUGUGGGGUUCAUACAUGUGAAGAUGGAAGUAGGUAUGUGGGCGAAUUCAAAUUUGGAGUCAAGCAUGGACUCGGCCACUACCAUUUCAGAAAUGGAGAUGUUUAUGCUGGGGAGUAUUUUGGGGAUAAAAUGCACGGUUUUGGAGUUUAUCGAUUUGGAAAUGGGCAUAGGUAUGAAGGAUCGUGGCAUGAGAGCGGCAGACAAGGGCUUGGGAUGUAUUCGUUUAGAAGUGGGGAGACUCAAUCAGGUCAUUGGAACAAUGGAAUCCUAGAUAUCCCAAGUACACAGACAUUCUCUGUCUCUUCUGUUGCAGUUAAUCAUUCCAAAGUACUCAAUGCAGUUCAGGAAGCAAGACGAGCAGCUGAAAAAGCAUAUGAUGUUGGUAAGGUAGAUGAAAGAGUGAACAAGGCAGUUGCAGCUGCUAAUAGAGCUGCAACUGCAGCUAGAGUAGCUGCAGUCAAGGCAGUGCAGACUCAAAUUCAAUAUGAUGAACGAUAACAAAAUGAAUAAUCGACAUGCCAUUUACGUGCCAAGCUGACUGAUGAGGGCAAAGAAAGUUCGGAAACUAACUUUGGAUGGACGAUGGUAUAAUAGGUGUAGUAGUUUUACUUACAUCUGAUGAGAGGAAUGUGCUUUUUUCCUUUUUGAUUUUGAGGUGUUCCUCAGUUCAGUUCCCCUGUAAAGGAAAUAUUAUAUGUAAUACAGUUUCCAGUUGAUGUAUUGAUGGGAAAACCUGGUCCAACAGCUUAUUUACUUUAAAAAAACUACUCAUCAAAUCAA